AUGUCAUUGCCGUGGUCCUGCCUCUUGAGCAUAGUGCAGUAGUCACAGGGUUGGGUGCUGUUAUUUGUACACUGGGAAUGGCUUGUACGUCCUACUAGUACGAUCUGCCCCGAUCUCCAAAUCCACACUGGUCAGAAGGUCACACACAUCAGGGCGAUCAAAGGAUCAGUGGCGAGGUAGCGAAGAUGUCUGAUGAUUUUGGCUUCUUCUCCUCUUCGGAGAGUGCCGGAGCCGCAGUGGAGGCAGAAGAAGACCCGGCUGCUGCUUUCCUGGCCCAGCAAGAAAGCGAGAUUGCUGGGAUAGAGAAUGACGAAGGCUUCGGAGCGGUGCUGGUGACCAGUCAAGCUUCCUCCCUAGAGCAGUCAGAUCUGGCGAGCGCCGGUGGAUAUGAUGACCUAGUAACUACUCCAAUGAAUGGAGAAAUACACCAGGAUUCGUCAUCUUUCAAUGAUGGAUAUGCAGCUAUAGCACAGGCUGACCGCCUUACUCAGGAGCCAGAGAGUCUCCGCAAAUGGAGAGAAGAACAGAAGGAACGCUUGGAGGAGCUGGAUGCAGCUUCCAAGGUGACGGAACAGGAAUGGAGAGAGAAAGCCAAGAAAGAUCUAGAAGAGUGGUACCAGAGACAGAGUGAACAGAUAGAGAAGAAUAAGGUCACAAACAGGAUUGCGGACAAAGCGUUUUACCAGCAGCCUAAUGCUGAGGUCAUUGGCUAUGUAGCAUCCGAUGAAGUCCUUGCCUCUGAGACCAAGGAUGAUGACACUGGCACUGAGUGGGAACGCGUUGCCCGUCUUUGCGAUUUUAACCCCAAGAGCAGCAAGCAGUCGAAAGAUGUGUCUCGUAUGAGAUCCGUGCUUAUCUCCAUGAAACAGACACCUCUGUCUCGUUAACUUUUCCUCUCCAACCUCACCUCACCUCCCUGCUUCACAUUAUACCAAAGAGUCCAUCAUCACUGGUCGGAGGCCCAUGCAUUUAUGUCAUGAACAUGACCAAGUCACCAAUCCUGCAUCGCGCCCUCAGCAAGACACCCUUUAAUGAACUCAAAUUACAACCUGCAGUACAGCAUCACCACUUCAACUUUAAGUUGUGAUGACAUAGUUUAAGAAUGCUGACUGUUGUAGCAGAAGCAUGUGGUGGGGAGAAGAAAAGCUUAUGAGAUGUUUGAUUUUUUUCUGUGUGCCUGUCUUUUUAGAAUGCUCGCUUGUAUAUUUGUCAUAAAUUGUUUGAGAAAUGUAAAGCAUGUGUGGCAAUGGUGCAAAGUACUGUAAAUCCCCUUGAAAGAGGGUAUAAAACCUAUGCACAGAGGCAAGGACACAUUAUACAGAAAUAGGUUAGUUAAUAUCAAAUAACUUAAA